UCAUGAAAUACAAUAUUUUAUUAUUUUGGGGGGUACAAGUCAAUCCUUCUGAUCCUCAGCUUUCUCUGAACCGUAAUCCCAGCUCACAGGGUCCCUGGGGAGAAUCAGACAAGGUGGCAUGUAAGCGUCAGCUGUGAGGGGUAAUGUGGGGUUACGGCUCCAGGGUGGAGGGUUUACAGUGUGCGAGGGCAGCCUAGAGCCAUGAGACCUACAGGGCUCUCUGGGUGUUGGGAGAUACCUCUUUCACUUCUUAUAACACUGCAAGAGACAGACAGGCUGGGUCUCACUGUGUCCAUUCGAAGGCUAAAAAACUGCAGCUCAGACCAGUUCAGCAACUCUCCUACAUCACGUGGCUAAAGCUAAGAAUUGUGACCCAUUUUUCUGAAUCCAGGUCCCCGCGAUGCCCUGGGUUCAGACCCUAACACCCUCCCAUCCCUGAGUGCUGGGAAUUUAAGGCAGCAGUGCCUCCUUUCAGGAAAUCACACACACACUGGAAACUCCUGCAUGCUCCUCUUACUAUAAUCUGUCACCAAAGGCUGGAUAUUCCUGUGCUGGGGCUUGUGCCAGCGCCUUGGGCUGCCAGGUGCUGCUUUCCAACUCCCACAUGGGCUGCCCUCCCCCCACUGCUCCUCACAGGGCCCCCACUCCACCUGCUCCCAGACGAGGCCGACUCCUGGCCAAGCUCAGGGGCACAGCGGAGGCGCUCUGUUUCUGAUUUUUCUCGCCUUCCUUGGAGAUGCCUGUGCUUGGAAGGGAAGGCAGAACAUUGCAUCUUGGAACAAAUCUGCUUUUGAUCAUGCAAAUGAAUGCCUGGUUAAUGUAGGCAGACUGUCAAUUUCACCAGUUAGAAAGAAAGAGAAAAGGGGGGGAAAUUCCUCAUGACAGCACCCGAUGAAGAAUUUCAAUAGAAAGCUGCUACUUCAGAAAAUAAGAUCAUUUGCCGCGAAUGGAGAACAUCUCAGGCAGCCCUGAUGCUCCACCGAUGACCGAGGGAGCAGGGUCCUGGUCAGUUCCUGACUGUUGUGUCACUCCAGCUGACAGUGCUGCUAUGGGGCCCAACGGCACCUGAUCCCUACCUCCUGAGGUCUUGGAACAGACGUCCAUCUCUCCAUAUACUAAAUCCCAGUUCCUGGAAUAUGCCUUGCUCAAUAAAGUUUUACAAAAGAAAUGACAGGGAAUAAAUUCAGAGCCUCAUCUGUACUAGAUUCUUGCUUGUCCUUGCAGAGAGAAGCCUACUCAGAGUGGUUACUGAAAACAGGAACCUGCCCUUCUGCAAGCCCUGUGCCUUCCUCGUUCCUAGCAGAGGAAGUAUGCGGCCAGUUUAGCAACUGCAGUUCUUCUGGGUAGCAUGGGCUGCUUCUCCACACUCGCGAGAGGCCCGGCUGCCUGUUUAUUCCGGAGCAGCAGCAGUUGACAGACGGAGAGGCAGUGACUCUGCGCCCAGCCAUCCCUCUGCAGACAGCUCCCACAGGAGUCAUGCACAGUGUGUGAAGGCUCUGGGCAUCACCAGCGGCCCCAGGGAAAAAGAAAGAAAUGGGAAACAGCAUGAAAUCCGCCCCUGCACCUGCCGAGAGGCCCCUGCCCAACCCAGAGGGACUUGAUAGCGACUUCCUUGCCGUGCUGAGUGACUACCCAUCUCCUGACAUCAGUCCCCCAAUAUUCCGCCGAGGGGAGAAACUGCGUGUGAUUUCCGAUGAAGGGGGCUGGUGGAAAGCUAUUUCUCUUAGCACUGGUCGAGAGAGUUACAUCCCUGGAAUAUGUGUGGCCAGAGUUUACCAUGGCUGGCUGUUUGAGGGUCUGGGCAGAGACAAGGCUGAGGAGCUGCUGCAGCUGCCAGACACAAAGGUCGGCUCCUUCAUGAUCAGGGAGAGUGAGACCAAGAAAGGGUUUUACUCACUGUCGGUGAGACACAGGCAGGUAAAGCAUUACCGCAUUUUCCGCCUGCCCAACAACUGGUACUACAUUUCCCCGAGGCUCACCUUCCAGUGCCUGGAGGACCUGGUGAACCACUAUUCUGAGGUGGCUGAUGGCCUGUGCUGUGUGCUCACCACACCCUGCCUGACACAAAGCACCGCUGCCCCAGCAGUGAGGGCCUCCAACUCACCUGUCACCUUGCGUCAGAAGACCGUGGACUGGAGGAGAAUGUCCAGACUGCAUGAGAACCCUGAGGGAACAGAGAACCCACUUGGGGUAGACGAAUCCCUUUUCAGCUAUGGCCUUCGAGAGAGCAUAGCCUCUUACCUGUCCCUGACCAGUGAGGACAAUACUUCCUUUGAUCGAAAGAAGAAAAGCGUCUCCCUGAUGUACGGUGGCAGCAAGAGAAAGAGCUCAUUCUUCUCAUCACCACCUUACUUUGAGGACUAGCCAAGAACAGACACAAUGGUUCAUGCCCAAAAGGAAUAGAAGUUCCAACUAUUGCCUGGGAUCUUGCAAAAAGCAAGGUUCCCUGAUCCCUGGGAAUCUCACAUAUUUUAAAAGCCAAGAGAAGCCACAUGGAGACUCAAAUUCACAUCUUGUCUAUCCACAUCGUGACCAAAGGAACCCCUCCCUGGUGUCUGACCAGGGCUGUGGCAUCACGAAACAUUGGAUCAUGACAUGUCAGGUGAUGCUUGGAAGAGCCCAGCAUGUCUGUGUGCACACAUUGCAUGUGUGGGAAGGACAAAGCCACUCGCACAAGGAAGUGCACCAGGACUGUUCUCCAAGGAACUGCACCUGUCCAGAUAGUACUCUGAGGUCAUUGGAGAGAACUUCUGUAUGGGCAAGCCUGAGAGGGAGAGGAAACAAAAGCUGUGGCCUGGCAGAAGGUCUGGGUUUGCAGAUGGGUGCCCUGAAUGGAACUACUUUAACCAAUCCGUAGGGACCUCUGGUAUGAUUUCCUCUCUUUUUAAAGGAACUUCGUGACACUAAACGUUAGCCCAAAGGACUUCCUAGCCUUCAAAUGGGAGAUACCUUUGGCCUGCUCCCGCACCAAAGCCAUGUGGGUGGAAGUCAGAUGGUCCCCCCUGAUUCUGCAGAGGGCCAGGAGAAUGAGAGGAAGGCUGCUGGCAGGGAAAUCAAGGGGAUGAGCCUAGAACUGCACCAGCUUCCCUGAUGUCUGCAGUCAUGGCUUUGCAGCGUAGACAGAGCUUCUCUGAGAUGCUGGGAUUCUUGUCUGUAUGAAUGCAUCAACUAUUCAUUUAUUACCUGAAUAGGCAUUGCAUUAAGUCCUGUGUAAGGUGUCAGGCAAGCCAAAAACAAAAAAAAAAAAAAAAAAAGAAAAGGGUGCAUAAGUCCCAACCCCCAACAGAGGUGUUCACGGUGUAGACAGGGAAAAAAAAUGUAUAAACAAAUGUGUAAAAAGAGAAAUCAGCUCAUGGCUUAGGAUGGAAUUGGAGAGACAGGUGAGAGACACUCAGGAGCUCAUUUUCCAGCUGCUCUUCAGAGUGGAAGGGCUGGCUGGAUCGGGUAGGUAAGAAUAGUUGGAUUUUUUUUUUUUUAAAGAAAUGGACGCAGUCUAAAGAAUUAACUCACCCAGUACUUUAUUCUAAGAAGGGUCUGGCAUCCAUAUGAGGAAAAAUGCUGAACUCCAGGAAAGAUGGGGAGUUCAAGUGGAUUAAUGAUGUCACGCAUAAUUUUAAGAGACAAGGGAGAAAACACAAUGUAGAGCCAGAGAAGGAGAAGCUGCCAUCCAAAUCCUGCUAGGAAAAGAGUGGGCUGCAGAUGAAUCUAUGACUCAUGUUUCCCGGUUUCAAAGGGAUCCUGGGGAAGGAGGGGAACAUGCUCGCCGUAUCUCUCCCUGUCUGUCUGCUCACAUAAGCAUUCCGUCCCUCUGAGCUCAUCGUGCUAGUGGUAUGUGUAUGUGCAGUUACACGAUUUUCUGUAUCAUAGAUUCCAGUGUGUUUAUACAAGGAGACAUCUGUGGUUUCCCCAACAAUUCCAAAAGGCUAUUUCAAAGGAACCAGCCAAGGUAUGAGAAAUGAAUGUAACACUGUGGAUAUUGACUUCCCGCAUAACGCAGGUGACCCCCUGAACUCCAGAUGUCUGCACAGCAUCUUAUGUUCUUAUGUAUUGUUUUCUGUUGUGAAGAAUGUGAUUGGAAAGUUUGGGGAGCACCCAGAGGGAUUUCUAAAUGGGAAGCAUUACAUUUUGCUAAAUCAUGUAUUUAUUCCUGAUUAAAAUAAACCUAAUAAAUAUUUAACCUUUAGCA